GUUACCCUGCAAAUUAAUCUGACACAAAAUCAUUGUUUGUUUUUUUUCAGUGUAAACAUUUCUCACACGUCGUUUUUUGUUCCUACCCAGAAUCCUCAUCCCCAAACAAAUGGAUGAUGAGCAGGAGUUGGCUAGCAUUGAGAAGCUGCGUGUUCAAUUUGAGGAACACAAGUUGCACUGCGAGCUGCAACGGAAGGAGCACAUCAAGCUAAUUGGACACUUUAAGCUGGACUCUGCCAUGAAUGAGUUAAACUCGAAUAUGAAGGAGCUGCGCCUGGGGAUGAAUCAGCUGCAUCAACUGCAGAGUGACUUGAGCUGCUGGACUAAUGUCGAUGCCAUCGAGGAGUUGCCGUCCAGCAUCAGCAGCGAGAGCAUCGAGGAGCAACCACUGAAGGUACCUAAUUGCUCGUCUAGUUCAAUUGAGAUGCCUUCUAGGCAGCUAGAUGAGUUGAAUAAGCUGCCAUUAGUGGACCGAGACCAUCUUGUGAUUAGCUGCGACUCGCGUCCAUGUCUCUUUGCCAACUGUCGCAAGCGCGUGGAUAGUCAGCUGCUGUUGCUGCACUACGUCAGCGACCACAGCAACGCUGAUGAUGCCUGCAACUUUCUGCACUCUCACAAGCUGUGGCAGGAUCAGCAUAUUGUGCUAUCCUUUGACCCCAGGCGCUGUGAGCUGCAGCAGCAGAAAGUUAUUGGGUUGCUCGACUACACUGGCUUCAAUUUGCCAGCUUGCAGUGGGAUUUUCAGCAGUUUUCUCAGCCAGGAGUUGGGUCAACUGCAAGGCAAUGUGCAGAUUGUGGUAUUGAUGUGCAAGACUUCAACCCAUCUGCUGGCAGAUGCCAGACAUCAAGUGUUUGUCAUCUGGCUGGUGACUCCCCAGCAUCAGUUACAACUAAAAGCUUCUCUGCGUCUCUGUGGACGCGAUGCAGCUGUCCAGGCGAGCAGCACACUGAAUGUGCGGCCAGUGCAGGAUUGCCCGACGACAUCCGAGAUCAUGUCGACUCCCACGUUUAUGGUUACAGUCUUGGGGAUAUAUCUGCUGCUAGUCACUAAAAUUGGACCAGAAUUCAUGCUGUUCCGAAAACCGUUCCAGCUCAAGAAGCUAAUCAUCACUCAUAACAUUGUGCAAGUUGUUAGCUGUAUAUAUGUUCUCUUUGAGAUUCUCUCUAUCACAGAGAAUAAUAUAAUCUUAUUUUGGAAAUGCAACACAGUGGAAAUGACAGAGUCUCGGACAAAGCGCCAUUUCAGCUUGUCAUACUUCCUCUUCUGGCUUAAAUUAUCUGAGCUGAUUGAGACGGUGAUCUUUGUGCUGCGCCACAAGCAGAAUCAAGUGACUAAACUGCACAUCUUCCAUCACAUUACCACAAUAACUUUGAUCUAUAUGCUGAUCAAUUAUAAUGAGAAUGGAACUGAUGCACUCUUUCCCGUCUUCCUCAACUCGAUUGUGCACAUCGUGAUGUACUCAUAUUACUUGACCGCUGCUGUGGCCGCUCCGAGUAUUGUCCGUGCUCUGACGCCAGUGAAGAAAUCCAUUACCAUGAUGCAGAUGACGCAGUUUGCACUCAUCAUUUUGCAUGCGAUAUUGGCGAGUCUCAAUUGUGGCGUUGAUCGCGUCGUUUUCGGAUACUUUAUGGUGGUGAUAGUCCUCAUGUUCUAUGGAUUCUACGAUUUCUACCGAGGCUCCUAUAAGAAACACGAGCUCAAUCGCAGAGAAUUUGCAGCUGCAUCUCGUGCUGCAGCUGGAGAAGUGCCAACAAAAACGUUGGAAGUUAAUUAGGCCGAAUACAAAUAUACAUAUAUGUAUAUACUACAUCUUGUACUACAUACGAUAUACAAAUACAUGCUUACGAAUUUGAA